UUAAAGUCGAUCCUUUUCCGGCUGGCGCUCCCCCUCUCCGAUGUCUAUGAGAAUUUGCAAAAUUUUGUGGCGCACUUCAGUCUGACAAACAGGAACAUCCACUUAAAACCCCAGGAGGCUCUUCUCAUGUCAGCUGCCUUGCUCUACCUCCUUCGAACCUAUGUGGUAUGCCUUCGCAGUGAAGACGAUACCUUGGAGCGACUGUCAAGCAUCAUUGCCGGUUUGGGCGUGGAUGCAAAGAAGUUCUACGCAUCACUUGAAGACAUUUUGUCUCAGGUCAAGUCGGCUGCUGAGGACGACUUGCCAGACUGA